AUGGAUUGGCGGCGGAAGGUGCCUCUUGCACGCCAGAGUGGUGGUACGGUGUUCAGUGUUGGUCCAACUCUUAACAGUAACUGCGUCAAAAUCGUGCUGCAGUGGUUAACGUCGGGCGGAAGCCCAUUCCCAGCAACCAAUAUUAGUGGCAUAUCGGACAUUGCGGGGGCUGACAUGACGGUCCCAGUGCAGCGUGGCUCAAUGGCCGUGCUGCAGCCCCCACGGUCCCGCUUCAUGAUCACCGAUAUCCUUGCCGGUAGUGGUGCAGGUGGUGGUGCAGCAGCAGCAGCCCUUCAUCAUCAUCCGCUGCAUCAUCACAGCGGCGGAGUUGGAGGACGCGACGGAAGCGAAGAUGGACGUUCUCCGAGUCCUGGACCACGCGACCUGAGCGUCACGCCUGGCAAUCGACAUCUCCACCAUCCUGCCGACGACAGUGAUAGUGAUUCAAGUGGAGCCCUCGACAAUCACAGUGUGUGCAGCAAUGGUGCCAAAGAUGAUGAUGGGAGCAUAAAAAGUGGAAUGGGCAUGGGGAGCUCGUCGGGAUUGAGUAAAAAGCAACGGAAGGCACGAACAGCAUUUACAGAUCAUCAACUACAGACACUGGAGAAGAGUUUUGAACGACAAAAGUACUUAAGUGUUCAGGAUCGCAUGGAGUUGGCAAAUAAACUGGGACUGAGUGACACACAAGUGAAGACGUGGUACCAAAAUCGAAGAACAAAAUGGAAGCGACAGACUGCAGUGGGAUUGGAAUUGCUUGCCGAAGCGGGCAACUAUGCGGCUUUUCAGCGUCUCUACGGUGGUCCGGCGUACCUUGGAGGAUGGCCCUACCCGUCACAAGCACCCCCGGGUGCACCCCCAUCAGCAGCUGACCUUUACUACCGUCAAGCUGCUGCAGCUGCCCUCCAGAAACCCCUGCCCUAUCGCCUCUACCCUGGCGUUCCUGCCCUGGGAUCCUUGGGCACAAUUCCGGGACCCAGUGCGCCCUUUCCACACCUCGCCGCCUCCAAUUCACUCUCCUCCCUCAGCAGCUACUACCAGAACAACAACAACACGAGUAGUAGCAACAACAACAACGGACCCACCACCAACAAUCCCAGUUCGAAUCGACGCUCCCCGAGUCCACCGCUAAACCCCGGCAGUCCGCCAGGGCGCUCCGAGAGCAAUCCUGCGUCCGAUGAGGAGGACACAAUACAGGUGUGA